AUGACAGCACCCUGUGUAGAAAUGGAUACAAUUAUACGCGAAAUGAAUCGUUUGGGCAUGAUGGUCGAUUUGUCACACGUCUCGACGGGCACAAUGCGAGAUGCUCUGGAAGUCACCGAAGCACCUGUGAUAUUCUCCCACUCGUCCGCCUACGAACUAUGUAAUUCGAGUCGCAACGUCCAGGACGAUAUGCUGCAAUCGAUGGCCAAGAACGGUGGCAUAAUUAUGGUCAACUUUUACUCGCGUUUUUUGUCGUGCAGCGAAAAUGCCACGGUACACGAUGCUGUCGCUCAUAUAAAUCACAUUAAGCGUGUUGCCGGCAUUGAUCAUGUGGGCCUUGGUGCCGGAUACGAUGGAAUCAAUUUGUAA